ACCCUGCCUCCCCCCUCACUCCGGCCAUAGCUUCUUGAGCCUCCUCAGAUCUUUGUACUCAGAUUUUCUCUUGUGCUGUCCAUUGCACGAGCUUGGUUGUGUCCAAAGAAAUGGACCCCAUGAGCAUAGAGAAGAUCAGGGCCAUGAGGAAGUACAGGAGGAACAGGAAGCAGCAGCAGCUGCUGCUCCCUGCCCUCGCGCCUUACCUGGUCGCCACCUGCGCUGUCCUCUGUCUGCUGCUCACCAGCCCUGCCUGGUUCCCCGGGCUGUGCUCGCUCCUCGUCUCCUUCCUCCUCACCACCCUCCCUGACCUGGCCACGGCCUUCCUGCUCAGCCCCAAGUGCCUCUUCGUCGUCGGCAACCUCAUCGUCGCCUUCCUCAUCGCGCAGUCUAGGCUAGCUCCGAGGAGCCAGCCUGGUUCCGUACUGGAUGUGGACGACGUCCACGAGGAGCACGUGAAGAGGAACAUCACGCCGACGACCGCAAAGGCUGCGACGGCGGCCACGGUGGUGUUCUCCGAUGACAGUGUGCUGGUUCAAGGAGUUUGGGAGGGAGAGAAGGAGAAGGAGGAGGAGGAGGAGGAGGGGGAGGAGGAGCUGGAGAAGAGGGUGGAUGACUUCAUUGCUAGGGUGAAGAGGCAGAGGAAGCUCGAAGGCAAGAUCUUCUUCGACACCGAUCGAUAGGUGACCAUGGAUGCAUGAUCUGAUUUUCCUUGGGACUGGAAGAUGCAACAUGCAACAUGCAAGAGAGGAUUACGUCCAAAUUAAGGAUAUGUAAUGCUUUGUGCUCCUUAAUCAUGUCUUGUUAUUAAUUAGAGUCGAUCAGAGGUAAGAGGAAGAAGAAGAACCGAUUCCAGUGCCUUCUCUUCUCACGGUGUAGCUGGUUAACUCCGGGGAUUAGGCAGAGAGGAGGAGAGACAAGGAAUGUGUGUGUGAUCUCUGGGAAAGUUGAGGGAGAAAAAGAAGUGAUGCCUGUUGUCUUUGAGUUAUCUUGCUUUGUGGUCUAGCUGGUGGCAUGAUGCCAUGAUUAUUGUAGUGCUUAGAGAAUCUGAUGGUCACAAAGCUUUUUUUUUUCAAAUGGACUGAUGGUCACAAAGCUGACGGGGUGACAAAGGAUGCAAAAGCUCAGUGACAUGUAUGAAGUGAUCAAGUGUAAACUAGAGGUUGACACAUGCAUGAAUGUACUUUCAGAUCAGCUGCAGAAUC